AUGGUUGAAGCUGAAAUAAAUAAUAAAGAAAACGAAGAAGUCGAGCCAAACUUUGACGAUCCUCCCGGCUACAACGACCCAAUCAGCGAUGAAGAACUAUUGGGCGAUGUGCUACGACAGGAGCCGCUCAUAGAUGAGUACGAAGAGAAUUGUCUAGUUGUUUUUGGCAUUCCCAGUGUCACCAAAGAAAAGCUCGCAAAACUUCAAACGGUUAUGUCCAAGAUUUUGAAUGGUAUCAACCCAAAUCACGUGAUCGAAUAUCCUUCAAGUGGUGAUGGAUCAACAAAAGGGUGUCUUUUUGUGGAAUGGGAGAACAAAGAAACGGCCCAGUAUGCAUUGACGGUGUUGAAUGGAUACAAGCUAGACAAAGUCCAUACAUUUUCUGCUAUCACUAUAGCUGACAUGAAAAACAUGCCUCAACCCGACGAGAACUGGGAACCACCAAAACCUAACGAGUAUGCUAACGUGGGAGAUUUGUGGUCGUGGAUGCAAAAUCCUCGAUGUCGUGAUCAAUUCUCGGUUCAAUAUGAAAAUUCCGCCGGCCCAACCGUUUCGAUCUUUUGGCACGUGAAGGGACAUGAACCUGAAGUAGCAGAAGAUGGAUCUAAACCAAACUGGACCGAAUCCGUAUUCAAAUGGACUCCCCAUGGAAGUUAUUUAGCUACUAUUCACAAUCGAGGAAUUGCAUUGUGGGGUGGUCCAAAGUUUCAGCGAUAUAUGCGAUUUGAACAUCUCAAUGUGCAAUACUUCGAUUUCUCUCCUUGCGAAACGUACAUGGUCACCUAUGCUCCUUCCAAUGCCAAAUGGGACGAAGAUGAAAACUGUUUGCAACUUUGGGAUGUACGCACGGGAGAGAUGCGAAAGGGUUUCUCAUUGUAUGCACUCACCCUGCGGAACGAAUUGGAGGGUUGGCCGUUUUUCCAGUGGUCUCAUGACGACAAAUUCUUCGCCUGCUUGAAAGUUCCGGAAAAAGAUAAACUCGAGAAGCAAAAGAAAGUCAAUGGAAUUGCCGUUUAUGAUGCCGAGACGUUGCAACUUGUUAGCAACCGAUACAUUGUCAUCGAGAACAUUCGCACUUUCAGCUGGGCGCCUGGCGGCAAAAAUAUUAUUGCUUACUACUCGGAGUCAACAGAACAAUUACCUGCUGAAUUCGGUCUAAUAAGCAUGCCGACGGGAGAAAAGCUUCGAUCUGCUCGCAUCUACAAUGUCGCUGAAGCUCAAAUGUUCUGGCAAGAAAGUGGAAUGCGGCUGGCGGUGCAUAAUUUGAGGUAUAACAAGCGAACAUUCAAAGAAAAUGGUGAAGUGAAAUUUGUUGGUGCAAUGACUUCACACAUUGAAAUCUUCGAGUUGACUGGCAAGAAAGAUGUUGCACUCAUGAACUUGCCUCUCUCCGAAGCUUUUAUCAAUUUUGGAUGGGAACCUAAUGGCGAUAAAUUUUGCGUAUUGAUCGGAAAUCAAGCUAAAGCAACUCCAUUUGUUUAUCGUAUUGAUGCCAUGAAACAUACACCUGUUUGCCUCGGAAAGUUGGAUGCUGGAGUACAACUGAACACAGUGUCUUUUGCUCCACAAGGAGGAUGGCUUGUCGUCAUGGCCUGCAUGUCAACCGGAGGCAACAUUUUGUUCAUCGAUACCAACGGACAAGAGGCCAAACGUACUUCCAUCACGGAGCAUCCUGGCUUCAACAAGGGCUAUUGGGAUCCAACUGGUCGAUACUUUGUAUCUUGUUGUACGGUUGGAUGCAGAGUCGGAGCGGACCUUGGCUACCGGCUCUAUACUUUCCAAGGCCGAGAAUUGCUUAGGAAAAACCUUGAGCGCAUGAUGCAGUUCAAGUGGAGACCACGACCACCCGUGAAACUUUCAGAACAGAAGGUCAAGGAGAUCAGAAAGAACUUGAAAACAACUUCGGCCAAAUUCGAUCGGGAAGAUAAUGAGGAGAAGGUGAAGGCCAGCCAAGAAGUUAUCGACAAACGCCGAAAGAUUAUGCUUGCAUUCGAUAUCAUCAGAAAGAAAAACCAUGCUUUGAUCGAAAAACAAAAAGAUGAAAGGAAGCGGCUUAGAAAUGGUGUUGAUACGGAAGCUGAUCUACAAAAUGAAGACCUUGUUGAAGAGACAAUUACUGUGGCACUCUCUACUCAAAAGACGUUGGCUGUGCUAUCUGAAGAGGACGAACGCGAC